AGAAGAAGACGGCAGUGCAUGCUGCUGCUGCUGCAGACUGGAGUAAAGUUCACAGUGCUUCUGCUGUCAUGGCCUUCCUCUGCAGAACCGCUGCUCUGCUCCUGAAACCUACCGGAGCAGCACCCGCCCUGCUGUCCGCUGGCCGCCUCUACAGCUCAGGUGGUCGGUAUGAGUAUAUUGUGGUGGAAAAGCGAGGUGAGAAAAGUAAUGUGGGUUUUAUUCAGCUGAACCGGCCCAAGGCCCUCAAUGCUCUGUGUGACGGGCUGAUGAAGGAGGUGGGAGUGGCGCUGGACGCCUUCGAAACCGAUGCAGAUGUUGGAGCUAUUGUCAUCACUGGGAGCGACAGAGCCUUUGCUGCUGGAGCGGACAUUAAGGAGAUGCAGAAUCGAACAUUUCAGGAGUGUUACAGUGGGAACUUCCUGGCUCACUGGAACAAAGUAUCAACAGUGAAGAAGCCUGUGAUUGCAGCUGUUAAUGGAUUUGCUCUGGGUGGAGGCUGUGAGCUGGCCAUGAUGUGUGACAUCAUCUACGCUGGAGAGAAGGCACAGUUUGGCCAACCGGAAAUCCUUCUAGGGACCAUUCCUGGGGCGGGCGGCACCCAGCGGCUGACACGCGCAGUGGGCAAAUCCCUGGCCAUGGAAAUGGUACUAACAGGAGACAAGAUCGGUGCACAGGAAGCAAAGCAGUCAGGUUUGGUGAGUAAAAUUUAUCCUGUGGAUCAGCUGGUGUCUGAAGCCGUUAAAUGUGGAGAGAAAAUUGCUGCCAAUUCCAAACUGGUUUCCGCUAUGGCUAAAGAGGCUGUUAACGCAGCAUAUGAACUGACUUUGGCAGAAGGAAAUCGCUUGGAAAAGCGUUUAUUCCACGCUACUUUUGCUACUGAUGAUCGCAAAGAAGGCAUGACUGCCUUUGUGGAGAAGAGAAAAGCUAGUUUCCAGGACAAGUAGAGGAAACACCGAAUGAAGUUAACAUUUCUGAUAUCACUUGGUCACUUCCUCAUCUGCAAUUUGUUUAAUGAUGCAACAGUGCUGAGGGUAGCAGAUUAUACAGGUGGUGAACACUAAAGAUUUGGCACUAAGUGGAUGCAGAAGUGUGUUUUCACAGUGGAGCCACUCCUGCUGGAGCCCAGUAUCAAAUUUAAAUGGAUUGUGGGUGAAAGAGGUUUGUCUGUGAAUAUGUUUUAACCAUCAUGGCCUGUAUGUAACAGGAGGAAUCAUCCUGGAUGAUUUGUACUAACUUUGCCUUUUUGUCAUAACCGUUUAUACCAAUUAAUUAAUUCUGUGGACAUUUUACAAAUAAAGCAAGAGUGAUUUGCUGAUGUGUAACCAGUGUCAGAAAGUAUGGGAAAUGGUAUAACAACUAUAUUAAACUUGUACUUUUUGAUCA